UAGUUAUUUGACAAAAUCUUAGAUGGCGUUAUCGACGCCGAUGAUUUUUCGAGAGACACAAGGUUUCGAAUUCAUUCUCUCCCACAUAAUUUAAAUAAUUAUUUUAAUGCAACAAUUGAACUGAUUAUAAAAGAAUAUAAAUAUGGCGGGAGGGAAAAAUAGUCAAACUGGAUUUCAGCCGGAUUCCGAUGUUCAUAUCACUUACGAGGAGCAACAGAAGAUUAAUAAAUUUGCCAGACAAAAUGCCAAGAUGGAAGAUUAUAAGGAAGAACUUAGAGUAAAGCAGAACGAAUUGAAGAAUUUGGAGGAUGCUUCCGACGAACUGGCUCUUAUGGACGACGAUGUAAAAAUACCAUAUUUUAUUGGAGAAGUGUUCAUCUAUCAUUGUCUUGAGAAGACACAGAGCUCUUUGGAGGAUGCUAAAGCUAAGAAAAAAGAAGAGAUUGCCAGAUUAGAAAGUAAAUGCACAGAUUUGAAGACUAUCAUGACUGAAUUAAAAACACAAUUGUAUGCAAAGUUUGGUAGUCGUAUAAACUUGGAAUCCGAAGAAUCGGAUUAAUAUUAUUUUUCAA